GGUUUGUCAUUCGGGCCACUUGGGGUGGGGUCUCCUCUCUUGCCUCUCUGCUUGCCUGCCACUCUGCCGACGGCCUAUAUGGAAGAGAUGUACCGUGACCCUUUCUUGUCAUCUUAACUGGUUUUGGGAAUGCUGGGAGUAAAUACAAGGGGCAGGGGACUCAGCUCACCUUCUCCUCCUCAAGAGAUGCUUGGGAGAGAAGGGACGGGACAGAGAACCGGAGGGAGAGAGGAAGAAAGCAACCAGAACAGGAAGAGGGGUCGGAGUCGGUGCCAGCUGGAGUUGGAGAAGUUUGUGGAGCCAUCAGGGCUCCAGCGUGCAGCAGGAGGGAAGCCUCCAGGACUCUGUUCCCUCUGUUUAAAGUCUCCAGAUCCGGAGCGGAGCAGCCCCCCCAUGCUGUCUGCGGACGAUGCCGAGUAUCCGCGAGAGUACCGGACCCUGGGGGGCGGGGGCGGCGGGGGCAGCGGGGGCCGGCGCUUCUCCAACGUGGGGCUGGUACACACGUCGGAGCGGCGGCACACGGUGAUUGCCGCCCAGAGCCUGGAGGCGCUCAGCGGUCUCCAGAAGGCGGAUGCCGACCGCAAGCGCGAUGCCUUCAUGGACCACCUGAAGAGCAAGUACCCCCAGCACGCCCUCGCUCUGCGGGGCCAGCAGGACAGGAUGCGAGAGCAGCCAAACUACUGGAGUUUCAAGACCCGCAGCUCGCGCCACACUCAGGGAGCCCAGCCUGGGCUGGCAGAUCAGGCAGCCAAACUGUCAUACGCCUCAGCUGAGUCACUGGAGACCAUGUCGGAGGCGGAGCUGCCCCUGGGUUUUAGUAGGAUGAACCGCUUCCGACAGAGCCUGCCCCUCUCCCGCUCUGCCAGCCAGACCAAGCUGCGCUCACCAGGGGUGCUGUUCCUGCAGUUCGGGGAGGAGACUCGGCGUGUGCACAUCACGCACGAGGUCAGCAGCCUGGACACGCUGCACGCACUCAUCGCUCACAUGUUCCCGCAGAAGCUCACCAUGGGCAUGCUUAAGUCGCCCAACACCGCCAUCCUCAUCAAAGACGAGGCUCGCAACGUUUUCUACGAGCUGGAGGACGUCCGGGACAUCCAAGACCGCAGUAUUAUUAAGAUCUAUAGAAAGGAGCCACUCUACGCCGCCUUCCCUGGCUCACAUCUCACCAACGGGGACCUCCGGAGAGAGAUGGUGUAUGCGUCGCGUGAGUCGUCCCCUACCCGGCGCCUCAACAACCUGUCGCCGGCCCCGCACCUGGCGUCCAGCUCGCCGCCACCGGGACUACCGUCCGGGCUGCCGUCGGGGCUGCCAACCGGGCUGCCGUCGGGUUCACCGUCGCGCUCGCGCCUCUCCUACGCCGGGGGCCGCCCUCCCUCCUACGCAGGGAGCCCGGUACAUCACGCGGCUGAGCGGCUGGGAGGUGCUCCAGCCGCCCAGGGCGUCAGUCCCAGCCCCAGCGCCAUCCUGGAGCGGCGCGACGUGAAGCCAGAUGAGGACCUGGCGGGCAAGGCUGGCGGUAUGGUGCUGGUGAAGGGUGAAGGUCUCUACGCCGACCCCUACGGGUUGCUACACGAGGGCCGCCUGAGCUUGGCUGCGGCCUCUGGCGACCCAUUUGCCUACCCCGGCGCGGGCGGCCUCUACAAGCGCGGCUCAGUGCGCUCUCUCAGCACCUACUCCGCCGCCGCGCUGCAGUCCGACCUGGAGGACUCGUUGUACAAGGCGGCGGGUGGCGGCCCGCUCUACGGCGACGGCUACAGCUUCCGCCUGCCGCCCUCGUCGCCGCAGAAGCUGACCGACGUGGCGGCGCCUCCCGGAGGCCCCCAGCCGCCGCACAGCCCCUACUCGGGGCCGCCCAGUCGCGGCUCCCCGGUGCGCCAGUCCUUCCGCAAAGACUCGGGCUCCUCAUCGGUCUUCGCAGAGAGCCCUGGGGGCAAGACCCGCAGCGCCGGGGGCUCCUCGACGGCCGGAGCUCCUCCUCCGGAGCUCUUCCCCGGGCCUGGGGACCGCCCGCUCGCUGGGUUUGGGACGCCUGUGCCAGCCAAGGACACGGAGACCAGGGAGCGCAUGGAGGCCAUGGAAAAGCAGAUUGCCAGUCUCACAGGCCUGGUGCAGAGUGCCCUACUACGAGGCUCGGAGCCUGAGACCCCCAGUGAGAAGAUUGAAGGCUCCAAUGGAGCAGCCACCCCUUCAGCACCCUGUGGGUCAGGUGGCCGGAGCAGCGGGGCCACCCCAGUGUCCGUUCCUCCUCCACCAUCAGCCAGCAGCACCCCUGCAGGGCAACCUACAGCCAUCAGUCGUUUGCAGAUGCAGCUGCACCUGCGUGGCCUGCAGAACAGCACCAGUGACCUGCGCGGCCAACUACAGCAAUUGCGUAAACUCCAGCUCCAGAACCUGGAGUCGUUGCGCGUGUUGCUGAAGGGCACGGAGGCGGAGCUGAGCAUGCGCGUGUCGGAGGCGGCGCGGCGACAGGAGGACCCGCUGCAGCGGCAGCGCACCCUGGUGGAGGAGGAGCGGCUGCGCUACCUCAACGACGAGGAGCUCAUUACCCAGCAGCUCAAUGACCUGGAAAAGUCAGUGGAGAAGAUCCAGAGGGACGUUUCCCACAACCACCGGCUGGUGCCUGGGCCCGAGCUGGAGGAGAAGGCACUGGUGCUGAAGCAGCUUGGGGAGACACUGACUGAGCUCAAGGCUCACUUCCCAGGUCUGCAGAGCAAGAUGCGGGUUGUGCUGCGUGUGGAGGUGGAGGCUGUGAAGUUCCUGAAGGAGGAGCCGCAGCGCCUGGACGGGCUACUCAAGCGCUGCCGUGGGGUCACAGACACGCUGGCCCAGAUCCGAAGGCAAGUGGAUGAGGGUGUGUGGCCACCCCCCAACAGCCUCCUGAACCAGUCCCCCAAGAAGGUGAUGGCUGAGACUGACUUCAACAAGACCUUGGACUUUGAAAUGCCACCCCCGAGCCCUCCACUGAACCUCCAUGAACUGAGUGGGCCGGCUGAGGGAGCCCCGACUACCCCCAAGGGGAUCAACCCCACCAAAGGCCUGGACACUCCUGGCAAGAGAAGCAUGGACAAGGCUGUGUCUGUUGAGGCUGCUGAGCGGGACUGGGAGGAGAAGCGGGCAGCCCUGACCCAGUACAGUGCCAAGGACAUCAACCGGCUGCUGGAAGAGACACAGGCGGAGCUGCUGAAGGCCAUCCCUGACCUGGACUGUGCGAGCAAGGCCCACUCGGGCCUGGCCCCCACCCCUGACCACAAGCCCCCCAAGGUCCCUCACGGCCAGAAGGCAGCCCCCCGGACAGAGCCCAGUGGGAGGAGGGGCUCAGAUGAGCUGACCGUGCCCCGGUACCGCACAGAGAAGCCAUCCAAGUCACCCCCGCCACCCCCUCCACGCCGGAGCUUCCCGUCCUCCCACGGCCUGACCACCACGCGCACUGGGGAGGUUGUGGUCACCAGCAAGAAGGACUCAGCCUUCAUCAAGAAGGCUGAGUCCGAGGAGCUGGAGGUGCAGAAGCCCCAAGUGAAGCUGCGCCGGACAGUGUCCGAGGUGGCCCGCCCAGCCUCCACGCCACCCAUCAUGGCCUCUGCCAUCAAGGAUGAGGACGAUGAGGACCGCAUCAUUGCAGAGCUGGAGGUGGGUCAGGGCGGCGUGCCGCCCAUGAAGGUGGUGACCCCGGGGGCCUCCCGGCUGAAGGCGACCCAGGGCCAGGCAGGCAGCCCCGACAAAGGCAAGCAUGGCAAGCAGAGGGCCGAGUACAUGAGGAUCCAGGCGCAGCAGCAGGCCGCUAAACCAGCUAAAGACAUAAGCGGGUCGCAUGAGACCUCGAGCCCAGUCUCAGAAAAGCCCUCGGCUUCCAGAACCUCCAUCCCCGUAUUGACUUCCUUUGGGGCAAGGAAUUCCUCCAUCUCCUUCUAGAAGCCCCGAGGCACCGCGCCCAGCCUGCCCGCCUCCAUUCCCCUGGCAUCACGCUCCCUCUGCUUCGGCCCUUCAUCCCCCCACACCGCCACCCAGUCUCCGGACCCUCCCCAGGGUUUGCCGUGGGUGUGGUCCUCCUCAGCUCUCUGUGGUGUUUUUGGUUUUUUAAUGAUUCACUUUUAAUUAUCUUUUUUUUUUUUUUUUUAAAAAAAGCAAAACAGUAAAACAAAACCAAAACACACCACCUUCCCUUGGUUUCCUACUCCUAAACGGCCCCCUUGCGGUCACGGCUCCUCCCUCUUCUCCCCCACCCUCCCUCCCAGCCCAUCCUGAAGCACCCACACCCCACCUUCCCUUCUGCCUGCCCCCAAACUUCCCAAGAACACGCCAAACAAACUCUGAGCCACGGAGCCUUGGAGCGGCGAGGCAGCCCCUCUCCCCGUCCUCGGAAAUCAUCUUGGAGGAAAACCUGGACGUUGGACCAACUCCAAUAUCAGGCUGAAAAAUGGGGCACAGGGAGAUGCUGGCCCUGGGGGCACCCCAGCUGUCCAGCAACGGGACGUGACAGUGCUGCUGCCCCUCUGCUCUCUGCCACUGGAGCCCUGGUGGGCCUGGAGUCCAGAUGGAUGGGCUGGAAGGGAGGCCAGAGUUUGAGGGGCCUCAGGGCGGGCAUGAGAUGCGCAUCUGUGUCCUUGGAGAGGAGGCAGCUUCCUCGGACUCCCCUCCUGCGGUGAGGAGCUGCCCCGCCUGUGCUGCGAGCCGAGGAAGGGCCCUGUUGGACUGUUGGCUGUGGACAGUGUGGUGAUCAGACAGCCUGAUGCUGGGGACACUGCCUUGGGAGAGGGCAGCCCCGAGGAGGGGUAUUUGGUACUUUUUUAAUUUCCUGAUUUAGCACUUUAAGUGAUAUUAACUUAUUUAAUAGGGGGUGGAGUGGGCUAGAAUGAAGGGCCUAGAAAAUUAGAUUUUCAGUCCUGGAGGGUGGGAAGGGUCUGGUUGUGACAGAAAUGGGGGAAAAAGAGAGGAGGCUGAUGGGGACAGUGAGGAGAGCUGUGACCUCACGGGUGAGCGACUUAACCUUCAACUAUCCUCUAAGAUUCGAGAAUUUUAAGGGAAGGAGUGAGAUGUGAGUUGUAAGUGGGGAGCUGGUGACCCCUGGUGAGAUCUUGAGGGUCCCUGAGGGCUGAGCAGCCAGCCAGCCCCCAGCUGUGGACACCUGCCUUGCAGAGGCUGUCAGCAGUGAGGCUUUUGGUCAGGUCCUGAGAUGGGGAGGGAGAGACCAAUUUUGGUUCUCAGCCCCGGCCCCAGAGGGCACAGUGAGGGGCCAGCAGGGAGACUGGUGGGUGGCAGAGGAGGAGGAUGGAGUGGGGGUCCCCUGGGAGCCUAUUCCUGUAUGGAGCACAAAGUGGGGUGAGCACAUGUGGGCGGGGGCUUGGGACUAGUCUCCUUGAGUAAGCACAGAAAGAAAGAGUCACUGAAGGGGCAGAAGCUUCUAGACCGAGGGGCCUAAAGGGAAGGUCGGUGCUCUGGGAGACCAGGGGAGCUGUUGAGGGUUGGGGAGAGAGGGGAAAUUAGGUUGUGUUUCUCCAUUUCUUUAUUUUUUGUUUUGUUUUGCUUUUUGUUGGUUCAUCCUUGUUUUCUAGCUUUGGAUCUUUUUUGUACAAAGGCAAGUAAGCCUUUUUGAAAAAUAACAAAAGAAGAGGAAAAAUAAUCCUUCCUGAAAAAAAAACCUUGGAAAAGAGAAAAAAAAAAGACCUCAUAAAUGAUGCAAUUACUUUUAAUUGCAGGCAACUCUUUACAUUUAAGUGAAGUGUCUUAACAUUUUAUAUUGUUUUAAAAAUAUAUUUACAUAUUAUAUAUAUAAUAUACGUAAUAUAAAUAUAUAUAAAUAUUUAAAAAAGAAAAAAAAAAGAAAACCACGGCACUCUCUCCCUGGCCACUGUUUUGGCGGGGGAGGGGGCUGGAGGGUGGGCACAUCGCCUGGCUUCUGUGGUGCAGUGAAACGGUCUGGUUUGAUUUGGCUGUACAGAGACCCCCUGACUUGGGAGGGGAGGGGGGAGUGGUGCCCCUUCCUCCCUCCACCCCAUUACUCUUUGCUUGCUACUUUUCGCUUGCCCCCACCUCCCACCCUCAGCUCUGUGACCUGAAUGUGUGCCCCACCGUCAUCGUCCUGAGUUGAAUGUACCUUUGUGGGGGGAGGAGGAUGGUGGGGGAGGUGUCCACCACAAGGGGGACAGAUGGAGGAGCCCUGUACCCUGCCCCACCCGCUCACCUGGAGCCCAGUGGGAUCAGCAUCUUUCUUUCACUUUGGUUCCUGCUCAUUUACGGGCUGAGAGGCAUUUGCGUGGAGGGAGGCAUGUGCGUGCACAGGUGUGACCACCACACAAGCGAGCAGGGAGGCAUGAGCACGUAGGUGCAUGGAAUCUGCUUGGGAACCUGUGCGUAGGUGUGGAGGAGCUUUGCGUGUGAGAAGGCGUGUAGUGUGUGUGUGCAGACAUGAGCUACGAGAGACUGUAUGUGUGGGCCACACGUGUGUACAGAGGUGUCUGUGGAGGCGCCUGUGAGUUGUAUGUGCUGGUGUAUGCGUGCAUACCUGUGUGCGGACCUGGGCGCAUGGGAUGCCUGUCCCAUCGUCCCUGCACCACUCGCUCCAGCUCCCCUCCCAAGCACCCAUCCUCGUGGUCCUCUCAAAGCCCGAAGCACGUCACUGCCCCCCCAGCUGCAUGCGCCUCGCUGCUCUGUCCAUCAGUGUGUGCUUGACCAAGAGAAAACUAAGACACCUGGAGGGACUCCUGUACUAGUCCCCCCAGCCCCUGCCCACUAUGCUGUUUUACUCGCAUGGGGGGUUUCUCUCCCACCCCUUCCACAAUAUGCUGUUUCCCCAGGAGCCUCAGGCCUGAGGCUCUGCAAGGGGUCCCAGGUGGGCCCCCCCAGGUGACCUCUGGCUCCACACCCUGCCCCAUCCACCCUGUAGGGCCCGUGUUGGUGUAGCAGUGAUGGCUUCUGUGGAUAUUCUGUGACCUCUGUCAGUGUAACUUGACAAUUUCUAAAUGGAAAGGGUUGCUGUGUUUUCUCUGUCUCUUUUUUAAUGUCCUUUUUCUUCUCCCCACUUCCCUACUCUCUCUCCUUUUCAGUUUUUCUAGCCGAGUGUUUGGGGCUUAAAUAAAACUUGUUUCUUUUUCCUCUC